GGAAUGUGCAUAUAGCGUAUUCUACCUACCAUCGGUCCCUUGUGUUGAAAUUUGCAGACAUCGGCCGCGCCGCUAGUAAACAUUCUUUGAAAAUUAACACCCUAUCCACGAAGAAAACUAGAAAUCCGAGUGCGCAGGAAAACCGAGUCGAUGAGAAAAGUUCGUUGAAAUUUGUUCAACGAAUUUUUCACAAGUCUAAAGGGAGCGAUCCCUUGGCGUUAAAGGAAAUAUCAAGGAGUUGUGGGCGAGAGUCCCCGGUGGCGCGCCCGGCUAACAUGAACCACUCGCCUGCUCCAGACAGGCAGCAGCACGACUCCAAUGUGAAUCAGGUGGAAGAAAUGGAGACGCAAGACGUGGAGACUGUAGACACCGCCGCGGUAAAUUUCUUUGAAAGAGAUCUUCUGAAGGACAACGGCGAAAUCGUCAAGGAGACCCCGUCUUCCGACAUGCCGCUCGCCUGCCUCGACACCGAAAUGGAGGACGACGAGGCUCGAUCAGAGGCGACGUUCCGUUUCACGGUGACCAACUUCAGAACCCUCAAAGAUUCAGUUCUAUCACCGCCGUGUUACGUCCGCAAUCUACCGUGGAAGAUCAUGGUCAUGCCGCGCCAAGCACCCUCCCCAGACCGCCAACAGCAGAAGUCACUCGGGUUCUUCCUGCAGUGCAAUGGCGAGAGCGAAUCCUCAAGUUGGUCGUGCUACGCUAUGGCAGAGCUCAGACUCAUCUCCCAUAAGCCAGACACUGAACCGUUUUACAGAAAGAUUCAACACCUGUUUUAUAGCAAGGAGAACGAUUGGGGUUUCUCCCACUUCAUGUCCUGGAACGAUGCUCUUGACCCGGAGAAAGGUUACAUCAAGGAUGAUGCCAUAACUCUGGAGGUGCAUGUGACCGCUGAAGCACCUCACGGCGUUUCUUGGGACUCCAAGAAACAUACCGGUUAUGUUGGUCUCAAGAAUCAAGGAGCAACCUGUUACAUGAACUCCCUCCUACAAACGCUAUAUUUCACGAAUCAACUUCGAAAGGCUGUGUAUAAGAUGCCCACAGAAUCCGAUGACAGUACUAGGUCAGUGGCAUUGGCUCUUCAAAGGGUGUUCUACGAGUUGCAAUUUUCGGACAAACCCGUUGGAACCAAGAAGUUAACCAAGAGCUUUGGUUGGGAGACCCUCGAUUCGUUUAUGCAGCAUGACGUCCAAGAGUUCUUGAGGGUACUCCUUGAUAAACUGGAGAGCAAGAUGAAAGGUACCUGCGUCGAGGGAACCGUCCCUAGGUUGUUUGAAGGCAAGAUGACGUCGUACAUCAAAUGUAAGAACGUGAAUGUGUCCAGUACCAGAGUGGAAACUUUCUAUGACAUCCAGCUUAAUAUCAAAGGAAAGAAGAAUAUUGAUGAAUCAUUCAAAGACUACAUAAGCACAGAGACCUUAGACGGCGAGAACAAAUACGACGCGGGCGAACAUGGCUUGCAAGAGGCUGAGAAAGGCGUUAUAUUCGCGUCUUUCCCGCCAGUUCUACACUUGCAUCUGAUGAGAUUCCAGUAUGACCCUAUUACGGAUAGCUCGGUCAAGUUUAAUGACAGGUUUGAAUUCUAUGAACAUAUCAAUCUAGAUGAAUACCUCCAAGAGAAACCAGAGACCCCGGCGGACUACACACUGCACGCUGUGUUGGUGCACUCGGGAGACAACCAUGGGGGACACUAUGUAGUCUUCAUUAACCCUAAAGGAGAUGGAAAGUGGUGCAAAUUCGACGACGACGUAGUUUCUCGCUGUACCAAACAAGAAGCAAUCGAGUAUAACUACGGAGGCCAUGACGAAGAUAUGGCCCUUACAGUGAGACACUGUACUAACGCCUAUAUGUUGGUCUAUAUCAGGGAUUCCCAGUUGAAAACCGUGCUACAAGAGGUUACGCAAGCAGACAUACCCACAGAAUUAAGCGAAAGAUUGGCCGAAGAAAAGCGGAUUGAGACUAUUCGCCGCAAGGAGCGCAACGAAGCUCACCUAUACAUGAACGUGAACGUGGUGCUAGAAGAGGCGUUCGACGGGCACCAGGGCAAUGACCUCUACGACCCCGAACGCGCCCACUACCGCGUGUUCCGCGUCAGGAAGCAAGCCACCGUCGCCGAGCUGAUGGAAAUGCUUGCUGAGAACUUCCGCUAUCCGUUGAAACAUUUGCGACCUUGGCCGUUUAGUGCACGCUCUAAUCAUACAUGCCGACCAACCUGCUUGGACAUAAUCAACGACCACCACAAGACCGUAGCUGAUGUGUCUGAAAACAUGAACCCUUGGAACAUUUUCUUGGAGAUGCUACCACCAGACUCCGGACUCACGAGUUUGCCCACCUUCGACAAGGAGAACGAUGUGGUGUUGUUCUUUAAGUUUUACGACCCCAAGCAGAAGAGGAUCCAUUACUGCGGCCACCAUUACAGACCCAUUGCGAGCAAGCCAGCCGAUCUGAUACCGAUAUUGAAUAAACGGGCAGGGUUCCCGCCAGACACGCCUCUGGUACUCUAUGAAGAAAUCAAGCCCGACUUCGUUGAAAGGAUCUCUAAUUAUAACGAUCCUCUCGAAAAGGUAUUGGACGAGCUGAUGGACGGCGACAUCAUCGUGUUCGAGCGCGCCGACCACCGCCACGAGGACCUCGAGCUGCCCACCUGCCAGGACUACUUCAAGUACAUCUUCUACAAGGUGGAGGUGCAGUUCGUGGACAAGAGCGUGCCCAAUGAUCCUGGAUUCACAAUGGAGCUGUCGAUGCAAAUGCGCUACGACCAGAUGGCGCGGGCGGUGGGACAGCGGCUCAAUGUAGACCCUUACUUAAUACAGUUCUUCAAGUGUCAGAAUUACAAAGACACGCCGGGAAUGCCCCUGAGAUACUCAUACGACGGAAUACUUAAGGAUUUGCUAGUGUACUGUAAACCAAAGUGCCCUAAGAAAUUGUUCUACCAGAUAUUAUCUAUAAAAGUUAAUGAAUUGGACAACAAGAAACAGUUUAAAUGUUUAUGGGUUGGUCCAAAUUACAAAGAAGAUAAGGAAUUAAUUUUAUACCCAAAUAAAGGCGGCAAAGUGGCAGAUAUAUUAGAAGAAGCAGCUAAAGUAGUUGAUUUGUCCCCCGAUGGAUCUGGCAGAUUACGAAUUGUGGAGGUGGCGUGUCACAAAAUAUUACCAGGGCCAGAUCCCGAACUAACGCUGGACCAGGUGACUAUAUCGCAGCCUAGACUGUACAGAAUAGAGGAGAUACCCAGAGACGAACUUCAGUUACAGGAGGACGAGGCGCUAGUGCCGUGCGCGCAUUUCCACAAGCAAGUGUACUCGACGUUCGGCAUCCCGUUCUACACGCGAGUCAAACAUAACGAGCCCUUCCAGGCGCUCAAGGACCGCCUCCAGAAGAAGCUGGACAUACCUGAUAAGGAGUGGGAAAAGUACAAUUUUGCUAUAGUGUCAAAUGGCAGACCUAAUUACAUAAGUGAAGGAGCUACAAUAAACAUUUAUGACUUCAGGCCGAGUAGUAACGCAAACGCGACGGGCCGGCCCUGGCUCGGGCUGGAGCACAUCAACAAGACGCCGAAGCGCUCCCGCGUCAACUACCUGGAGAAGGCCAUCAAGAUCUACAACUGAGUGGCGGUCCGCUUGACUCACCGCCGGCCGCGCUGAGGGGCGACGUACGUGGGCACGCGAUAGUAACAUUGCAUACAUACUAGUUCAAGCCGUGGAUCGCAAAAUGUUUGUGUGGUGUCAGUAGGACAAACGAUGAACACCGUUUUACUGUUACGUUUCGUUUUUUUAUUUUACACUUUAUUCUGACCUGUUAAUGGCUUUAUUUUAUUUUUCCUAUUGCAAAGAUUGCAUGGUCAUUUGCUUGAUUAACAUUCUAUAGUCGAAGUCUCAAACUUUUCGUAACUAACCCGUCAACCGGUCUGUUAGUAAUCUGUAAUUAUGUGGUAAUUGAUGUUUGUUCAUACCUUAAGAGCAUCUUUGCUAUUUUCAUUGUCUUCGCAUGUUAAAUGCGUCGAAUUGUAUGAAUAAGGUAUUCUUUGUAUAAUACCAUUCAAAACGAGCGUCCAAUUAUCAAAACAAAUAUUUUGUAAUCCAUGGUAAUCCUAUAAAGUGUACAGAUCUAUGGACUUAUUUGUUAUUAAGUCAUGUAUAUGUCAUGAAAAUAAUAAGAACCGCAGAAAUAUAAAUUCCUAGGAAAUUUAUAAACCCUCGUAAGAUUUUAAACGAGAGAUAAAUUGUAUUAUCUUACCUCCACAUUUUCGAAAAUUAAUCAAUGUACGACUUCUUUUAUUAUUUUUUUUAAUAAACUAACUGAUAACCAUUCCUACGCGCUUAUAAUUUUACGCUUCUUUCAUCAACGCAAAUAACACACAGCUCUCUGAUUAGUCGAUGUUGACAGUGCCAGUGUUUGUGUCCAUAGACAUAAUAAAUUUAUCAGUUCCGAUUACCAACCUACUUAUCACUAUUUUUCUUUAAAACCUAUAUUAUAUUUAGUUACAAAUAUACUUUAUCUUAAAAAAAAUAUACGAGCAACAGAACAAUUGUGGAGUAGAUGAAGGAGAAGGAACACGUGACUCAUCAACCAAUUAGAGCGCACAUGUCGUCUGCAUAAUGCUUCUUUUUUUUUAUAAGUGAGUUUGGUAAGUUUAUCAAUUUGCGAGAAUGUAGACGUAAAAUAAAAGAAUUCAUCUCUCGUUUAUAAUCCUACGAAAGUUUAUAAAUUUCUUAGGAAGUUUAUAAAUUUGCGGUCCUUAUUAUUUUCCGGUGAUAUAUUCAAUACAAUUUAAUUUAUUUGCGUACACGUUAAAGAGUAUGCUAUGCCAUAUGUGCUAUUUUACUAUCGCAUGACGGAAUAAUAGCCUUACAUAUAUAUAUUGUACCUAUAUCGCAUACACCGAUGUUGACUUAUCAAACUAAAGAAAAAAACACUAUUAAACCGAAUAUCUUUUGUGGAUAAUCUGAUUAAACGAUGAUUAAUGAAAUAAAUGUUUCAUCAAUUGAAUGUGGUAUAAGGCCACUCAGUAGUCCUGCUAGCAAAAUAUAAGAAAAUUAUAUUUAAUUUGUUAAUAGCUUGUGUGCCCAUAACAUUUUAUAUCGGCGGAAAUAUUCACAAAAACGAAGAACAUUGCACCCCAUUCACCCUUUUUGAGUUCAUAGCAAUUUUUUUGUUGUUUUAGUAUGUAUAAUUUCGAGUCUAUGCGCCAUUUAGCAUUUCCAGUGAUUCAAUUGUGUUGUGGCCACUCAUUGUCUAGGAAAUCUGAUUCUUAAUAUUUAUACAUAUAUUAGGUAUUUAAUCUAUCAGUUGGAGGUUUACGAGACAUCAAGAUGACUUGCACCCAUGUUUUAUCUUAAAUGUUUCAUAUUCUUUUUUGUUUUAACUAUGUAAUAGGUUUGUUUGUCUCAUACAGUUUUUGAUUAUUCGUUAAAAAUCAAAUCCAUUGGUACGUUUGUCUCGAUUUCAAUCUGACUGAUAGAAUCUUUUUGGUGAUUCGGCAAAAUUAAGCGCGUCACUUUAUUAAGAUAACAAGUUUGUACUAUGAGAAUAAUAUAUUGUAAUAACUGUGUUUUAAGAGUAUUUUAUAUAGUCUGAUGUGCCUGUGUGUGAACGGUUGUAUGGUCGCCUGUGCUCUGUGUUAACCAUGCAUGUUCAAUUACUAAGAAUAUUCAAUUAAUUUCAUAUUGUAAAGAGUAAAUAAAUUAACGGUUAAGACCGCUGCGGCUUAAUGUUACAAGUGAUUGCAUUGUAUUAAUAAAAUUAAUUGAAGAAUUAGCUCUCAGUUUACUGGUAUAGAUUGUCACGUUAACCUUGUGUUCUGUUUUUAUAUAAUUGUUAACUAGCUUUGAUAAGGUCGACUGACCUGAUAGUUCAGAUUUUAAUAUUAUUGUUUUAUUUAUUUUGUUAGAGACAAAGUUCAAUUAUGUAAAUUUGGAACAGUGAAACUAAAAAACGGUUGCAAUAUUCUCGUUAAAUGUUGAAACGGAAUCAAUUGUGUAAUGAAAUAGUAAAAUAAUAAAGUUAGAUUUUUAUAUGAUCAAAAUGUUAUUUAAAUUAGUGGACUAAUUUAUAUUUUUUGAAAUAAAUAAAAUUGGUAAAAUAUAGAACUUGAGAGUAUAACUUCUCCAUGCAGGAUUGUUUCACACAGACAACCUGUCGGUUAAACCAAACCGCAUAACAAACUCGUGAACAAUUAUUAUCUGGUGAUUAUGAUUAUGUCUGCGAACUUGUAUUAAUAUAGUGUACAUGACAAAUUAGUUUGAAAUUUCCAAUGAUAGCAUUGUGAUAGUAUCUACUAGAGCCAUGUACAUAGCUAAUGCACAUCUAUAUACUAAAAAUCAUGUGUAGUGGUGCGCUUUUUCUAUAUUAGCAAAACUUUUUUCGGGCGGGUUUCACAAUAGCUUUUUUAUUUAAUGAUUUUAAGUAUACUUCUGGAUGUAUUCUUCCAUAAUUAUAAGAAGCUCUUAUGAGACCCGCUCGUAACAAGAUAUUUUAUAAUUCAAAAUAUGUGUAAUCUGUUCUAAUUUGUCGAAUUACCAAAAGGCGGGUGUACAUUUGUGGCGGAAGCCCAAACGUUAGUUCAAGCUGUGUUGUGGCGUUUGUCGGCUUCCGGUGUACACUAGGUUUAACUGCACAUAGUACGUAUAUAUACAAAAAUAGGCACGGUAUUGUUAAUUCUGGCUUAAAGCCCACAUCUUCAAAACAUGUAUAAUGUAACUAUUUAAUUUUUUACUUGACCUGCCAGAAGAAUGUUACGUUAUUAAUAAAUGAUUAUGUCGAAAUUAUGUAUAUAUAUGAUGUAAUAAAUUAAGAAAAAAUACAAUAAGUUUUCGUGAAGAUGCCUUAGACGUUUCAAGAUAUUUUAGUACACUUUGGUAAUAAUUGAAACCCUUCAUUUUUUCAUUUAACACAUUAUAUUGCGGCAGAAUUUGGUUUCUCGCCUCUAGCUUGUUUUUCAGUACUCUUUCCAUUCAAUAUAUUUUUAUUUUAACAAUGUGUGUUGGUUGAGAUAUUAAAAUAACACGGUUUGAGGUAUUAUGAGACAAACUUAGAAAAAUAGUGGCUUAGAAUACAUGCCAAUAAUUAUAAAUGCAAAUGGGAUUAUAGUCUUAUUUUUGAAGAUCUAUGAGCAUUGAUCCUAUGACGGCGCGCUGUAAGCAAACUGCUGGAAUGUUCCGGUGUUUGUUAUGUUGGAUUUAAAUGUUUCUCUGAAUAUAAUCCUAUAUUUGUUUA